AUGUCGAGACGCUGCUUCUUCACUUCAAGCCUCUCAUUCAAUCAAAAACCAAAGAGAGUACCCCUCCCACCUGGUUUCUCUCCAAUCUCUAAAGUUUUCCAUUCUUCCACCACCACCACCACCUCGCCGCCACCGCCGUCGCCGCCCGCCGUGCAUACCUCCUUAGCCCCCAGUUCCAGCGACUUCUCCCUCCUCUCGCCAACCGCUCCCCAUCUUCUCAUGGAGGAGCGGGAUCACCCUUCUUCCAGCACUGUAGCCAUUAGCCACGAGCUGCCUGUGCCCGACCCCGACCCUGACCCCAACCCCGACCCCGACCCAUUGAGGCCCAAUGAGCCGCACGAAGUCUUCCCCAUGGGCACUUACGUCGUCCAAGUGCCCAAGGACCAGGUUUACCGCGUUCCGCCGCCCGAAAAUGCCCUGAUCAUCGAGCGCUACCGCACGCCCAUUGCCAAAAGCAAGGGGCCAUGGCGCUGCUGCUGCUGCUUGCGUCUGCUAUUUAUCUUCAUUGCCGUCCUCACCGCUCUUGGGGUUCUCCUGAGCAUUACCUCAACUAUCAUUAAGGCCAAGGACCCCGUUUUCUACAUCGAUCAUUUCCUCAUCAAGAAUAAGUCGCGCUCUAGCCAAGGUAACGUCGGACAUGAGUUCGAUAUAAGGACGAGGGCUAAGAACCCGAAUGUCAGGAGCGCGAUCUUGUACAAGGAAGGGGGAAAGAGUUCCCUUUCGUUCGAGAAAAAGGAAGUCGCGAUCGGGAAAUUUCCAACCUUUUAUCAAAGCAAGAAGAGCACGACAACAUCUCAGUUAGUCCUCCACGAUUCUAGUAAUGGAUCAUCAAAGGGGAUCGACGAAAGAAUGAAGGGCGCGAAAUCGAAGCCGAAUUUGUCGUUCGCGCUAUCUAUUAAAGUCCCAGCUAGGAUGACGGUGGGAUUGUUUAAGAAACAGGAUGUGAACAUUGUUGUUUCGUGCAACUUUGAGGUAGAUACAUUAGCCGAGGGAAGAACUCGUGUACAUUCCCAACAAUGUCGUACCGAACACUAGGGUUAACGAGGCUGUAGCUUGC